GAAGGUCCUAUACAGUUUAAACAUCCUAAUAACCUGUAGACAUAGUUUAUAUUCACUGUACAAUUCUUGAAAUUAACAAACAGAAUUAAUGUACAAUAGAAAUCAUAAUAAUGACCUAGGGGGACCCUGCAGGAGAGCCCUGUGGACCUGAGGGAACUCCACCUAAGGGGACUUUAGGACUGUACAGAACCAUGUUCUGUACCGGGACACGACAGGUCAUCCUCACAAGAGAAGUGAAAAGAAUCAUCAGAAGAGUUGUCCAAGAGCCAAGGACACUUGGGGAGAACUUCAAAAAGACCUGGAAUUAGCAGAUGGUUUUUCGGAGACCUGACGCGGACAGAGGCUGUAAAUCUCCUUAUGAAAGCUGGAAACAUGACGGGAUCUUAUCUGAUAAGAGGCAGCGAUAAGCAAGGGUUUUUGUAUGCUCUUUCAGUUCGCUCUCAGGACACUGUGAGACACUUCAAGAUCUUUCAGAAUGAGGACAGGGAAUAUCAUGUGAACUCCACCAGCUUUUUUAAGGAUUUGUAUGAAUUAAUUGAAUUCUACAAAGGGAAGCCGGUAGCAAAGGGUCUGCUGCUGACAACUCCCUGCCUGAAGGAUGAGUCUACAGGCUCUGAAAUGAGCUUAAUUCCCCUUGAUGAGUGGGAACGACCCAGGAAGGAGUUCGAACUGACAGAGAAGCUGGGAUCAGGGAAUUUUUCCCAGGUCUAUGAAGGGUAUUGGAUUGGAAAACUCAAAAUUAAAGUGGCAAUCAAGACGAUUAGUCAAGAUGUGGUCACUCAGGAAACCUUUAUAAGGGAAACAACAUUUCUGAAGACCCUUCGGCAUCGUAACCUCUUAUCCCUGUAUGCAGUAUGUUCAGUGGGAAACCCUUUUUAUAUAAUCACUGAGCUUCUGUCCAAGGGGGACCUGCUUAACUUUCUGAGAGGUUGCGAGGGGGAGAAGCUAAAUCUGGACGCGCUCCUGGAUAUCGCAGGGCAGGUAGUAGACGGAAUGCAUUACCUGGAGAUAAACAGUUGUGUUCAUCGUGACUUGGCCGCCAGAAAUAUCCUCAUUGGAAAAAACAACAUCUGCAAGAUCGCAGACUUUGGCAUGGCAAGGUUUAUUAAGGAUGAAGUCUAUGUAUCUCAAUCCAAGGAAAUGCCUUAUAAAUGGACAGCACCCGAGGCAUUGGCCUAUGGUCAGUACACCCUCAAGUCUGAUGUCUGGUCCUUUGGAGUUUUAUUAUAUGAGAUUAUGUCAAAAGGCAUGAACCCAUAUCCAGGUCUCCAUAACUCAGAAUUGCUUCGAUACCUCAAAAAAGGCAACCGCAUGGAAGCUCCACAUAACUGCUCAGAUAAAAUCUAUAAGGUUAUGUUGGAUUGUUGGCAGGAAAACCCUCAGAAGAGACCAACCUUUAAUGACCUUAAGAUCUCUAUAGACAACCUGGCCAACUAUGAGCCCUCAGAAGAAUCCCCCAAACAUCCAGCUAAGCUAAAGGAAUGGCUAAACAAGUUGAAGAAGCCAGUUAUGCAAUGAGACGUGAGCCACCAACAACCCAAGACAGCUGGAAGGAGUAAUCAAUGUGCAACUAUUAUCUUACUAGCGCCUACAGAGUUGCCCUAUAUCCUAAAAUAUUGGAAGGUCAAGGUAAAAGGAAAGUCUAUCUAUGCUCACAUUUUCUUUAGGCGAUUUGCCACAAUAAAGACUUAAUGGGCCUUCUUAGUAACCCCGCCUGCAGCUGUCUGAUAUAGAUAAACCCUUAUACAAGGGCAGUUCUCUGGACUCUAACAUAUCUUAUUCUUUGUUUAUCCGUUCCUCUAUUAAAGGGGCUGUCCAGUUCUUGGAGACACUUUUUGGGAGUUAAUAGAGGAUCCUCAUCUCUUGGCUGGGUACAAAGAAUGUCCUUCACUCUGGAGGACCAGUCCUGCAUUACAUGAAGAACCCUUUCAUAUCAAUGGACAUUAUGUAAUGCUUCAUUUCCCCUGUGGAGGCGCUACAGGGAAAUUGUGCCCUUACAUCCAGGUUUUUCCAUAGACUGCAACUGAUCACUGAAGAUCACAGCUGGGGGACACUUUGUCAUCAGCUAUUUGUAAAGGAAUCCUUCUAACAAAUAGGGAUUUUCCAUAGCAGAGACCCCCUUUAUUGUAUGCAAAAGACUUGGCUAAAUGGCCCAUUGCUUCUUCUCUGGAAGCUGGAGUAGCUUUCAGAUACCUCCGAUGGCUCUUAUCUCAAGACAACUUAGUUCUGACAUGGCUGAUUCAUUUUUCAGUGAGAUUCUCAUAGACAGUACGU